GGGCUCAGGAGGUUAUCUAUUUCUCAGCAUUCACAUGUGUGUUUAAGUGUCAAACGCCUGCCACAGUUGGUCUACUGACAACCAGAGAGAGACAUCCAGCCCUUUUUACUCUGUGGAAAGAUGAUGAUGCCAGCUCCCAAGAAAACACUAUACUUAGCAAGUAUGGCUGCUCUCGGCCUUAUCUGCUCUAUUCUUGCAUUCUCUCUGUAUUUUGAGCCUCCAUCUCCUGUUUGCCAAUCUACAUUAGCCGAUGAGGAGUAUGAUGAAGGCAUGGAUCCAAGUGAAAAGCCCAUAGUCCUGCUGUGGUUCUGGCCUCUCGGUGUGAAGUUUGAUUUUAAAGUUUGCUCUUCCUACUUCAACAUUAACAGCUGUUUUUUGACUGCGGACAGAUCCCUCUACAGCAAAGCACAGGGGGUCAUUUUCUACCAUAAAAGCAUAGACUGGGGUUUGAGAAACAUGCCAAAGGGUCCACGUCCAGCUUUUCAGAAGUGGAUUUGGUUUAAUGUGGAAUCCCCGACGAACACGGCAAAGAAACCCCGUCUGACCAACCUGUUUAACUUGACGCUGAGCUACAGAAGAGAUGCUGACAUCACGGUGAGGAACGAGCUCACCAUCAGGAAGACAGAAAUGAAAGAUGACUUCUUUCUGCCGAAGAAAGACAAACUGGUGUGCUGGAUUGUUAGUAACAAGGACAAAGCCACUGGAACAGCUUUGAGAGAAAGAUAUUGUCGUGAACUGUCCAAACACGUCAAGAUCCAUGUCUUCGGUACAGCCUAUGCAGGGUAUCGUUUGAGCUAUGAGAAAUAUUACUCAACCAUUGCUAGCUGUAAGUUUUACCUCUCAUUUGAGAACUCAAUCCACAGAGACUACAUAACAGAGAAGGUUAAUGGGCCCCUCGUGGCAGGGACGGUCCCUGUAGUUUUGGGUCCACCGAGAGAAAACUAUGAGCAGUUCCUCCCCUCUGACGCCUUCAUUCACAUAAAUGAUUUUCCUGAUGCAAAGUCGCUGGCGGAGUUUCUGCUUGACAUGAAGGACGAGGCGUACAUGCGUUACUUUGAGUGGAGGAAGUUCUACACAGCUACCCCUCAUCUCCUGUCAAUCAACAAUGAAUUCAUUCAACCUGUCUGCCUCGCCUGCGACCACAUGUCAAGAGACAAGGAUUUCCAUGUAGUUCAUGACCUUUAUAAGUGGUACUCUACUUGAAAACGUCAUAUUUAUAUUUAAUGGACACAUAUAAAAGUGGUUGUCAAUCUUCUCAUCUUAUUCUCACCAAGAAAGCAAAUGAAGUUUAACCGUUUGAAACCUGGAGCGACAUCACUUUUGUUGUGCUGCUUUCAGACGCCUUUCACAAAUAUUUGUACCUUUGCACCUCGAGCAAAUUGGUACAAUUUCUUUCAAAAACAUCAGGGAAAAGCAGUUAGCAGCUUGGUGAGAAAUGUCCCACAGGCUGAAAUUGGGAGAAAAGAAAAAAGCUAGGAAAAAUUAGAUAUUUAUAAUUCUUACAUACUCAGAAUUUUGCACAGCAUUAUAAGAAUUUUUAAGUUUUUUUGCCAGGUCAUUUCCUUGUUUGUUUAUUUUUAACUUUUUUUGGGGGGUAAUUUCUUGC